AUGGAAGUCGGUGAUUCGAAUGAAGAUGGUUCUAUGCAGAAGAAGUUUAGUAUGCAGGCCUGUAACGUUUUGGCAGAGCUUCGACGAACUGGAGAUUUUUGUGAUGCUGUGAUCAAAGUUCAAAGUAAACGUUUUCCAGUUCAUAGAAAUAUAUUAUCUGCGUGUAGCCCUUAUUUCAGGGCUUUAUUUAAGAACCAAGAAGGUAACAAUAAACGUAUUGAAGUAACAAUACCCGGGGUUUCACCCGGAAUAAUGAACGAACUGAUCGAGUAUGCUUAUACUAGAGAUAUUAAAAUACACCCUGAGAAUGUGGAAGAACUGCUACCUGCGGCUGAGCAGUUCCAUGUCACAGGUUUAGUAAAAGCGUGUUGUGAUUUUCUCACUGAUCAACUUGCUCCAGAGAACUGUAUCGGCAUUCGAGCUUUUGCUAAAGCUUACUUUUGUCACACCUUAGAAAGAACUGCUCUGAAAUAUAUUCUUAAGAACUUCUGCUCUCUUCAUCAAUACAGUAAUGAAUUUUUACAACUUAACGUCGACGAAGUUUCAGAAAUUUUGAGUUGUGAUAAUUUGAACGUUAAAAAUGAAGAACUUGUUUUUGAUGCCGUACUACGCUGGAUAGAUUAUGAUCCCGAAAGAAGGCGCUGCCACAUUGCAAAAAUCUUAAAAACAAUUCGAUUAGGUCUCUUGACUACACAGUAUUUUGUUGAAAAAGUGAAAUCACAUCCCUACGUUAAAGAGAGUUCAGCUUGUAAGCCGAUUAUUAUAGAAACAUUGAAGUUUCUGUACGAUUUGGACAUGGACGAGGAAAAAGAAGUGGAUUUAAAUCAUCCUCUAGCCAAGCCACGGGUACCUCACGAGGUUCUGUUUGUUAUUGGAGGUUGGAGUGGCGGAUCCCCGACUACCAUGGUAGAAACGUAUGAUACUCGAGCAGAUAGAUGGAUAGUAUGUAAAACUGUAGAUAAAGAGGCGAGGGCAUAUCAUGGUACCGUUGCUUAUGAUAUGCGAAUUUACGUCAUUGGUGGUUUUGAUGGAGUAGAAUAUUUUAACAGUGUACGAUGUUUUAAUCCUUUAACUAAAAUAUGGUCUGAAGUUUCACCAAUGAAUUGUAAAAGAUGUUAUGUGAGUGUUGCCGUUUUAGAACCGUAUAUUUAUGCAAUGGGCGGAUACAAUGGUCACGAUCGCCAAUAUUCAGCUGAAAGAUAUUCCAAGCAGAGAAACCAAUGGAGUUUAAUACAAUCGAUGAAUAUCCCAAGAAGUGAUGCUAGUGCUACAGAUCUAGAGGGAAAGAUUUAUAUAUGUGGUGGAUUCAAUGGUCAAGAAUGUCUGAAUUCUGCUGAAUAUUACGAUCCAGAAACUAACCAGUGGACAUUGCUACGACCAAUGAGAAACAAACGAAGCGGUGUUGGUGUAAUAGCCUAUCGUGGACAUCUGUACGCUCUGGGUGGUUUCAAUGGUGUAUCCCGUAUGAAUACCGGAGAACGAUUCAGUUUGGUCACCAACUCAUGGCAGACAAUUCCGGAAAUGGAUAACUCACGAAGUAAUUUUGCUAUUGAGAUUAUUGAUGAUAUGAUAUUUGCUAUAGGAGGUUUUAAUGGUGUAACUACUAUAUUUAAUGUAGAAUGCUACGAUUCUGUAACAGAUGAAUGGUACCACGCAACAGAUAUGACUGUUUAUCGCAGUGCUCUGAGUGCCUGUGUUAUACGAGGAUUACCAAAUAUUGAGGAUUUUAUACAACAAGGUCGGGAAUAG